GCUCACAGUAAAACGUGCAAAGACACAAAAGUAGAAGGUUAAAAAUGCGAUUGUUCGUGAAAGAGACUGCAAGAAAAGCAGAAAAAGCAAAAUUAAAAAGUCGAUUUAGAAACUGAUAAGAAAAAUAUCACAGGCAGAACUAAGCAACAAAUCGACGAGGUUUAACAUUUAACAAGCUAUUUUUCCGGAGUUUAUUUCUUGACAUUUUUGUUGCAUUUUCCCAUCGCCAUUUUGGAGACGGACACAGGAACCUUCGAUUGCAUCUUCAUACCUACACGGACAAUUUAACGCGUCGGACCCAUUCACAGGAAGCGCGUCCCGGCUGUGACCUGCAGCUCCUCUGUGUUUUCAUAAGGAAAAAAUGGGCUUGUAGCUGAAGACAGGAGUCAUGUUUACUCUCAAAGCGCUGCAGAAAAAUAAAACAGUCAAAUAUGGAGUCCCCAUGCUUUUGCUCAUAAUUGGAGGUUCCUUUGGCCUGAGAGAGUUCACACAAAUUCGAUACGAUGCUCAGAGGAUCAGAAAAAAGCUGGAUCCUUCGCUGGAGGCCAAAGUGAACAUCCCAAAGCAGUCAGCCAUACUGGAGGAGGAGUACGAGAAGCUGAAGGAGGUAAAUUUGGAAGAGUGGAGGAACAUCCGGGGUCCUCGUCCCUGGGAGGACUCCAAAGAGUACCAGGAGCAGCAGCGUGCCAGGUUAAACCAAAAAGACUGAGGCGCAGCAGACUGCACGCACACUGCAGCAGGAUGGACCAGACACGAGCGGACCGAGUCUUUGACUGACACUAAAAUUCAUGUAACCUGGACGCUGUAACUUCAGGGCACGGACUCAGCUUGUUGGGUCUGUGCUGGACCCAAAAGUUUACCAAGUGUUUGCAGCAGGUUUUGGUCUUUAGUUGUGACACAUUCUGGACUAUUAGUGGUUAAAAUUUUGCAACAUGAGCCCAAAACCUUGAACUAAGUUCAAGGUUGGUCUUAAAUUCAAACAAAUAUGGAUUGGUGCUCGCUUAUUUAUACACAUGUAUAAAGAAGUCACCUGUUGGUAACUUAUGCUCCACUCUGAAUCAGGAGUUUGUUGUAAAAACCAACCAGUAGGUGGCGCACCUGUGUCCUGCUGCACCUUACCUUUCACACUGAAAGCAAGGAGAGAAAUAUAUAUAUCAGUGUAUGAUUUCCAUGUCUCAAUAAAUUAUGUUCUAUUGAUCCAAA